AUGUUAAUAUCAACGUCGAUAUCCGUCCAACCCCCUCCGGGCCCUGUAACGCUCAGCCUCUCGACGCCCGCAAACAGACACGCAACUCCCAACCCGCCCGUCUUCAACGAUGCCAUGCUCAUCCGCCAGAAAGUCUUCAUCGACGAACAGGGCUGUUCGCCAGAGACCGAGAUAGACGAGGAUGACCCGCGAAGUUGGCAAUGGGUGUUAUACACAGAAACAUCAACAGGAACGGGGACAGAACGAAGUCCCGUAGGAGUAAUCCGACUGGUCCCACCCCCUCACGAGCCGCACGAAGCACUCUUAGCGAGCUGCAAUUGCGAUUCAAAUGCUGAAGAAUCCCACAAAAACCACGCGAAAUAUGACCUCUAUCACGAACCGUACAUCAAAAUCACACGUGUAGCCAUCUUGCGCGAAUACCGUGGGAAGGGGCUCGUUCGGCCACUGCUUGGCGCGGCACUCGAUUGGGCACGUCAGAACGCGAAGGAGAUCGAUGCUGCGCAUGCGCGGGUUGUGAAGACGUAUGCUGGUCAAGAUAAGGAGAGGGCAUUGACUGCAUCGAAAUGGAAGGGUCUGGUCCUCGUUCACGCACAGGUGAAUGUAGAAAAAAUGUAUGAGCGGUUAGGAUUCGAGACGGAUACGAGUAUGGGGAGGUGGAUGGAGGAGGGGAUAGAGCAUGUUGGGAUGUGGAGGAGGGUGGACGUAGAGAUUAGAACAUAG